AUGGACGUUGUGGCGACGCCGUUGUGGUCUUCUCCUCCGUGCGGCUCACCGAUGGCGGGGACUGUGAGCAGCGGGAACCCUUUGUUUCAUGUGGGGAGGUCGUACUACCGGAGCGCCGCCAAGGCUUACAACAUGACACGGUACGUUGUGGAAAGUCUGAAGCUGGAUGAAACGGUGCUUGCGACGUCAAUGGCUUACUGGCACACUUUUGUGGAUCGUCUUGAGUUGCGAAAGUUUGAUGAGAUAGUGCUGAGCGCAUCCUGUGUAUUUUUGGCGAGUAAAGUUGAGCAUUACAAAGUGCGCCUAAACCGGGUAAUUGCGCUUGUUUUUGAAAUCAGUGGGGAGGGCGAUGAGAUGGAGGGGUGGCGAAGGAUGUUGUUGGAGAUGGAGCUGCUUGUUUGCCAUACGCUGGGCUUUAAUUUUCAGAUAAUUCACCCAAUGAAGCGUAUCGUCGAGUUGGUGCCGGAAGAUCACACGCAAGUGUUGGAAUGUGCACAUCGCCUCUUUUUGCUUUCGUUUAUGACUCCUUUGUGCGUUCGAGUGCCAGCCGAUGAGGUGGCGGAGGCGCUCGUGUAUCUAGCCGCAGAUGGCGCUGGACAAUUAGAGCCAUACGCCGGAAAAUUUAGGUGCGAUGCGGUGGAGCGACGUGAAGGCAUUAUCAAUGUCAUGAUUGAUGCCUUAGCUGUGAUGCGGAAAAAUACGAGUUUACCGAAGGUUGAUGACAUGAUCGUUGCGCGACGGAAACGAAUGCGUGAACAGGAAUCUUUCCGCCCUUCUGUUGCGCACUCCAGCGGUGGGACAGGUAGCCUGGACGUCACUCCUUCUGCCUUUUUGGUGGAAUAA